UACCUGUGGUAAACUCAGUUGAUUGGACAUGAUUUGGAAAAUCACACACUUGUCUAUAUAAAGUGCAAUAGAUGACAUUGCAUGUCAGAGCACAAACCAACUGAUGAAAUCCAAGGAAUUGUCUGUAGACUUCUGAGAUAUGAUUGUAUUGUGGUACAGAAACAUUUUUGAAGAACUGAAGGUCUCAGUGAGUACAGUAGUCUCCAUCAUCCAUAACUAGAAGAAGCCUGGAGUUGCCCACCCCUGUUCUAGAAGAACAACCAUUUCUGCAGUACUCAACCAAUGUAAGAUAGCAUGGCCAGAUGGACAGCGAUGGGGAGGUUAUUCCAUAGAUCGGGUGCAGCCGAGGCAAACGCUCGGUCACCUCUAGUCUUCAGCCGGGAUCUCGGCUGUACCAAAAGUGACUGGGAAGAUGAUCUUAGUACUCUAGCAGGGGUGUAUAAUCUAAGUAGCUCAAUGAGGUAGCUUGGAGCUAUAUUGUUAAUAAUUCGGAAGGUAAGCAGCAGGAUUUUGAAUUGAACGCGAUACUUAACGGGAAGCCUGUGCAGAUCGGCAAGGACAGGGGUAAUAGAGACACGCCGUCCACUACCAGUAAGGAGACGAGCAGCCGCAUUCUGAACCAUCUGCAGUCAUUAUCACAUUAUUGAGUUAUUAUUGAGUACUAUCAUCUUUGGAAAUCUCAUUGUUUUACAAAAUUAGGAGCAAAGGUGUAAUCUGCCAGAGCAAGUAGAAAAGUUCUGAACAAUUUGCAGUCUAUGGAGAAGAGUAGAGUUAAGACCAAAGUAAAGGGAGUUGCAAUAAUCCAACCUAGAUGUCACAAAGGCGUGGAUAAGCUUUUCCAGGUCUCUAUGCGGGACAUAAUGUCUGGCUUUGCUAAUAAGAUGCAAUUGAUAGAAGCAAGAUUUGACAAGAGCAGACACUUGUUUGUCGAAUUUAAAAGAGCUAUCCAAAAACACACCCAGGUCACUAACAGUGUCGGUGAGGAAACUAUCAAAGGAACCGAAGGCAUCACGGAGUUGGCCACGGGGGAUACUACUGUCAAACACGAUGAUUUCUGUUUUCCUGUCAUUUAGGAUAAGAGAGUUACCUGCGAGCCAAUUUUUGACCUCGCGCAUGCACUCACGAAAACCGUGCAAAGACAUAGCAGGAUCAUCAGUUAAUUCGAAAUAGAUCUGUAUGUCGUCAGCAUAACAAUGAUGUGCAAUGUUGUACUUCUCAAAGAUUGCGCCUAAGGGGAGCAUAUACAGCAGUGGUUCCCAAAGUGUGGGGCCCGCCCCCUAGGGGGGGCUCAGAGCAAUUGCAGGGGGGGCGCGGUAUGAAGUACCACAAAAAAAAAAAAAAAAAAAGAACUCUGCUAGCUAGCAUAAUGGACAGGUUUUUGACGGGGCUCGCACACAAAUGAAAAGCAGAAGAUGAAGCAUCACCAAAUAUGCAUACAGACCCACUUCCUUCCAAACCAAAAAGCAGAAAAUAUGACGAAGCAUAUCUUGCGCUUGGCUUCACUUGCGCAACGGUGGGUAAUGAGGAGAGGCCGCAGUGUGUUGUCUGUCUUAAAGUGCUAGCUAGUGACAGUUUAAAGCCUAACAAGCUAAGACGCCACUUGGAGACAAAACAUCCAGAGCACAAAGACAAAUCAGUGGACUUUUUCAGACAAAAACUUCUAAAUUGUCGUGGUCAACAGCGUCACUUUACUAAAGCUGCAUCUGUUUCGGCAAAUGCUCUCCUCUGCUCCUAUAAAGUUGCCUACCGAGUGGCUCAGUGUAAAAAGCCGCACACAAUUGCAGAGGAAUGAAUACUUCCCUGUGCUAUGGAUAUGGUUUCAACUAUGAUUGACGACGCAGCAGCCAGCAAACUACGGGAUAUUCCUCUGUCCAAUAAUACCAUCGGCAGGCGCAUUUAUGAUAUGUCAAAGGACAUAGAGGAGCAACUUAAUGAUAAGGUGCGUGACAGCCGCUUUUCUCUGCAGAUGGAUGAAGCCACUGAUAGUAACAAAGACUGCUUACUGAUAACGUAUGUCAGAUUCAUUGAUGGAGAUGAGAUGAGGGAGGAAUUACUUUUCUGCAAAGAAGUUUCUACCAGAGCCACUGCAGAAGAACUGUUUAAAAUCAUAGACUCUUACUUGAAAGAGGCCGAGCUGAAAUGGGAGGACUGUGUGGGGAUUUGCACAGACGGGGCGCAGGCUAUGGCUGGGAAACGAGGAGGGCUGCAAGCGCUCAUCAAGCGCGUCUCCCCCAAUGUGCAGUGGACGCAUUGUAUGAUACACCGCGAAGCACUGGCGUCUAAACAGCUCAGUCCUGAGCUGAGUAACGUAAUGACUGAUGUCAUCACCACAGUCAACUACAUCAAAACACGACCUGCGAAAGCCCGGAUUUUUUCGGCACUGUGUGAAGAAAUGGGCACCGACCACACAGUCGUUUUGUUUCACAGCGAGUCCCGAUGGCUGUCACGUGGGAAGGUGCUAUCCAGGGUCUUUGAACUGCGAGAUGAGAUCCGCAUCUUUUUGAAGGAAGAGGGCAGUGAUCUUACCAACAAAUUUAACUGUAACAACUUUCUCAUGAAACUGGCAUACCUCAGUGACAUGUUCCUGAAACUCAAUGAACUAAAUUUGCAGAUGCAGGCCACAAACACUCACCUCCCACAUCUGACAGAUAAAGUCACAUCAUUUGUCAGAAAACUUGAAAUGUGGAAGCAGCGAGUGAAAGAUGGAAACGUGGACUCAUUUGAGAAUUUGAAAUCAUUCAUUGAAGACAACAAGCUGCAGAAUACAGUGAUCCCAUGCAUGAAAGAACACAUGUCUGCCCUUCAGAAACAUUUCCAGAGAUAUUUCCUGGUGCAAGAUUCCAAAGAAUAUGACUGGAUCCGUGACCUCUUCAGUGCAACACCCCCUGCUGACUUCAGCACAUCCGAGGAGGAACAAUUCAUUGAUCUUAUCUCUGAUUCAACUAAGAGGCUGCAGUUUAAUUCAAAGACCCUGGCUGCAUUUUGGAUUGGAGCGGACAAAGAUUACCCACUGCUGGGUAAGAGAGCCCUGACAAUACUUCUUCCUUUUGCCACAUCCUACUUAUGCGAGGUAGGCUUUUCUGCUGUGGCUUCAAUCAAGACGAAGUACAGAUCAAAGCUGGACAUUGAAAAUGAACUCAGGGUGUCUGUCUCAAAACUGCAACCCAGGUUUGAGACGAUCUGCAGCAACAGGCAGGCUCACACCAGUCACUGAAAAGAUGUGAGGAUUAAAUGUGGGGUUUUUUUGCAACAAACCUUUAAUUUUUUUUGUUUUUCCUCUCAGGGAGUUGUUCAUAUUUGUAAACCCAUUUUGCACAGAGAGGCAUUUAAAAAAAUACGAGGCAGUUUUCAAUAUUCUUGCACUGGAAAAAAAAAACAACUACACAAAAAUUAUUAUACGAUAAA